AGGGGGUUGGGUCAGACGGAUGGAAGAAAUGCUGGCACCUUUCUCCUCCCUCAGCCCACGGCCGUGCCUGCGUGUGCUGGACAUGACUGGCAUCCAGGACGGUGCCGAACACGGUCCGGACAGCGUCACCCUGUGGUCGAGGACAGUACUGCUGGCCAAAGCCUGCCUGGAAGCAUCACAACGCCGAACCGAACCGCGUGGCACCAAAGAGCAGAAAGGUUCCCCGGUGCCUCCGGUGGAAAUCCGCGUCGACCUCUUCGUCAACAGCACCUCCGGGGCCAUCUUGAAGGCAGCCCUACGUGGUAGGGGGGCCCUACGCCUGCGCUGCCGUGACUUCCACGCCGAGGAGCUCUCCCUAGGAGGCACCUUGGAUCUGUUGGAGGCCUUGGAGCCAGUCGGCUUGCGACGCGUCGAGCUGCGCUUCAACAACUUGGGAUUGGCUGGGUUGUGCCAGGUGGUUCCGCGGCUCGCUCGUUUCCCAGACCUGGCCAGCGUGAGGUUGCCCUACAGCAACGUGGACGUGAGGAGGCCUGGGAUGGAAGAUGGGCUGAGGGAGCUGGCCGAAGCGUUGGGUUGGUUGCAUGGGCUGAGGGAGCUCAACCUGGGCUCGUGCCGGCUGGCGGGGCGGCUGCGCUUGCUGCUGGGGUCCCUGCAGCGCCCGCUGGAGAGCCUGGAGCUUCCCUUCUGCCACCUCCAGCCCUGCGACCUCACCUUCCUGGCCCGCAGCCCUCACGCCUCGGCCCUGAAGAAGCUCGACCUGAGCGGCAACGACCUCUCCUCCUCCCUCCUCCCUCCCUUCCUCCAUCUCCUGCCGGCCGUCUCCUCCUCCCUCCGCCAUUUGGACCUGGCCGAAUGUCACCUUGGGGACGCCCACCUCCCCGUCCUGCUGCCUCCUCUCAGGCUCUGCGUCCUCCUCUCCUACCUCGGCCUCUUUGGCAACCGCUUGUCCUCCGUGGGGCUGAAGGUUCUGCUGGAGGGGACCCACCCCCUGUCCUCCCUUCGCCUCGUCGUCCACCCCUACCCCACGGAUUGCUGUGACAGCCCUGACGGUGACGGUGACGUCCCCGAGGGCUGCGUGGCUGCGCUGCAGGAGGAGCUGCAGGGGAUGCUGCGCAGUGCUGGGAGGGAGGAGGAGGUGUGGACCAGCAGUCUGCAGCAUCACGGGGGAUCCGACUUCUUUGCGCUGUGAGAGGGGACAGCUGGGAGGUGUGGGGACAGAGGGACAGCAGGAAUGGUGACAAAGGGACGCCGGGAGGGGUGGUGACAAAGGGACGCCGGGAGAUGUGGUGACAAAGGUGUGAUAAGAGUGGUGAUAAAGGAACAGUCAAGAG